UGUAAGAUAAAGGGAGAGACUAGACAAUUAUCUGUGAUUCCUGGGAGUGGAAUUGCUGGGACAUCAAUUGCCAAAUCUAAAAAUUCUGAAUCACUCCCCAAUGUCUGAUGCCUCUGUUAAUUUUGACUACAAGUCCCCAUCCCCAUUUGACUGCAGCACUGAUCAGGAAGAGAAAAUUGAAGAUGAUGCUAGUCAUUCUCUACCCCAGAAGGACCUAUAUACUGCUGAUGAGGAAGCUGCUACCCUGUUUCCUAGGAAAAUGACAUCCCAUAAUGGGAUGGAGGACAGUGGAGGAGGAGGUACUGGAGUGAAGAAGAAACGUAGGAAAAAGGAGCCAGGAGACCAAGAGGGUGCAGCAAAGAGAAGCAAGGACAGGGAGCCUAAGCCAAAGAGGAAGCGAGAACCGAAAGAGCCAAAGGAACCCAGGAAGGCUAAAGAGCCGAAGAAGGUCAAGGAGCCCAAGGAGCCGAAGCUGAAGGAUGGAGCAAAGAAGACACGGAAGCCCCGGGAGGCCUCGGGCACCAAGGAGGCCAAAGAGAAGAGGAGCUGCACUGACUCUGCAGCCAGGACGAAGUCCAGGAAGGCCAGCAAGGAGCAAGGACCAACCCCAGUGGAGAAAAAGAAGAAAGGAAAAAGGAAAAGUGAAACUACAGUGGAGAGUUUAGAACUGGAUCAGGGCCUGUCGAACCCAUCCCUGCGGAGUCCUGAGGAGUCCACUGAGUCUGCAGACAGCCAGAAACGACGCUCAGGAAGGCAAGUGAAGCGCAGAAAAUACAAUGAAGACCUGGACUUCAAAGUGGUAGAUGAUGAUGGGGAAACAAUUGCUGUUCUUGGAGCUGGCCGAACAUCUGCACUCUCAGCUUCUACACUGGCUUGGCAGGCAGAGGAGCCUCCAGAAGAUGAUGCAAACAUCAUUGAGAAGAUCCUGGCAUCUAAGACUGUACAAGAGGUUCACCCGGGAGAACCUCCAUUCGACUUGGAGCUAUUCUACGUUAAGUAUAGAAAUUUUUCCUACUUACAUUGUAAAUGGGCCACAAUGGAAGAGCUUGAAAAGGAUCCUCGCAUCGCACAGAAGAUCAAGCGAUUUAGGAAUAAACAAGCCCAGAUGAAGCACAUUUUUACUGAGCCUGAUGAAGACUUGUUCAAUCCAGACUAUGUGGAAGUUGAUCGCAUCUUGGAGGUGGCCCACACCAAGGAUGCAGAAACAGGGGAGGAGGUGACACAUUACCUGGUAAAGUGGUGCUCAUUACCAUAUGAAGAAAGCACGUGGGAACUAGAGGAAGACGUGGAUCCUGCAAAAGUUAAAGAAUUUGAAUCUCUUCAAGUUCUCCCUGAAAUUAAGCAUGUGUGCAGUUUAUGGACUUCUAUUUGGAGCUCUUUGAUGGCUUGUCCUCCUGCCUGGAUGCAGACUGGGAGACAAAACAGUAAAGUCAAAAUCAGCACUCUCAAUGCUAUUAAAGAAUAUACUGUAGACUAUAAGCUAUGUGAAGAUACCAGUUGCUUAAUUUUACCAAGAAUAUCAUUAGCCACAGAGCUAGCAGGUUCUGUAAUCCAGAAUAGAAGAUAUGCAGAAAAGGAUUCUGAUGACUGGGUCAUUUUGCGAAGUCAUGUCUCCCUAUCAAGCAUGACAAAACUCUUGCUGGAAUUAAAUUCCACGUUAAGAGUUAACCCCAGUAGCACUAAAUCACAGCUCAAUGACUAUCACAAAACGUAUACAGGAGAGAAUCCAUAUGAAUGCAAUGAGUGUGGAAAAGUCUUCUCCAGGAAAGCACACCUCGUUAGACAUCAAAGACCCGAAAGAGGAGAGAAACACCAUGGAUGCAAUGAAUGUGGAAAAACAUUCAUAAAGAAGACUCAGCUUACUGAGCAUCAGAGAACUCACAGAGGAGAGAAACUCCAUGUAUGUAAUGAGUGUGAGAAAACCUUCUUCAUAACGUCGAAGAAG